AUGAAAUAAAUUCUCAUUUUCGUAAUCAGUCUAUAUCAAGUUCUGUGUUAAGAUAAGCUACUCGCGGUGUAGGCCAUUUGGAGACAUGGAGCACGAAAUCCUUACUAUUGCAACUACGAAUGUGAUCCAAAUGUGGCAAAAGGAGAUGCUGCAUUAUUAACACCAACUGGAAUGAGACAAUAAUAUGUAUUGGGAAAAUGGUUAAGAUAAAGAUACAUCACAGGGACUACUCCACUAUUAUCAACAAUUUUUAAUGAAAAUGAGAUAUACAUAGAAAGCUCUGAUGUCAAUAGGUAAUCAUAGAUCCCUCAUUUCUUAGGACUCUGUAAAGUGCCUAUAGUAAUUUAUAAGGAAUGUAUCCAGAUGGACCUACUGUGCCUCAUUUUGUAGAUGAGAAUGUUUCAUUGCUUUUACCCCCCAAUAAGGGAUCUGUCACACCUCCAGGUAUUGGAGAUGAGGCUUUACCCAAAAAAAUCUAAUUGAUACCCAUUCAUACUAAACAAAGAGAAAUGGACUAUGCUGUUGCCAUUGCAUGUCCAAAAGGUACUGAAAUGGUUGCCUCAAACAAAAAAACAGCUCUAUAUAAAGAGGUGAAUGACGCUACUGCACAAUUAUAUAAAGACUUUAAUGAAUAAUUAAAAUUAACUGGAGAUAAGCAGGUUAAUGAUUUCGUUGUCCUCUCUAAUUACAGAGACACUUUCAUUUGUAAUAGAUACAACGGAGAAAAAAUGCCAGAGGAUUUGAAAACUGAAACAUUAAAAAAGAUUGAUGAUAUUUCCAAUUUAGCAUUUAGUCUUGAAAAAUUCUAAACACCAGAGUAACUAUUUCUAAAUAUUUGAAUUAGGUAAGUAAAACUUUUUUCAACUCCUUAUUUCAAAUAAGUUAUUGAUCAUUUUGAUAGCUUUUUGAAUGGAAGUUCCCAUUUUAAAUAUUAUGGAUCUUCUUCUCAUGAUUCAACUCUUUUGGCCUUAUUAUCUGGUCUUAAUUUGACUAGUGCUCAAUGUUAAGCUGAAAUUUAUCUAAACAAAAAUAUUACUUAUAAAAAUUGCAUAACAUAGGUAUAAUAUAUCAAUUUAUUACUUUAGUAUGUUGAGUUUGCUUCCAAUAUCAUUUUUGAACUUUACAAUAAUUCAAUCACAGGACCAUAUGUUAAAGUAUUAUACAAUGGUGAAUAUAUGCCACUUUGUUCAGUUGAAGCUAAGACUUGCAAAUAUUCAACUUUACGUUCUGUUUUUAUGGCUUAAUAAGUUGACUAUAAAAAGGAAUGCGGAAUAGCAGGAGAUAAGGGAAUCCCUGUAUAAUUAAUUCUUAUAAUUAGAUUGAAGAGGAAACUCCUGGUUGGGCAAUUGCAUUUUUCAUAAUUGUCAUCCUCUUACUUCUUGGUGGUUUAGCCAUGGUCAUAAUUAUUAAAAGAAAAGUAGCAGAUUCAGAAUGAGAAUUUAGACAUUUAUAAAUAAGAUUA